AUGCUCACAUUUGACAACACAUUUCAAACGGUAAAAGACAAGCUUGCAGCAAGAAAGGAUGUCCUCAAGAUCUUACAAAAAACGUCAUUCUGGAGAAUCAUCAAGGCUUACAUGGAAGGUCAGUUAACCAAGGUAGAAUGCCAGAAGUCUAAUUAUCAAAUAAUUAAACUAAUCAGACUCUACAACCCCGCAACCAAAAAAUUUAAAUUCAGUGAAGGCAACGAGCAUGAAAUUACAAGCAAUGAUAUGUUGGACAUCUUUGGAUUGCCAAACAAAGGAAACAAGUUGCCAAGCACAACAACUUCCACAAUAACAAAUUUGGCCUUCGAGAAGUAA